UUGUGGGUGAUCACAUAAUGGGAGAAAACAAAGAAUUGCUCCAAGCUCAAGCUCAUAUCUGGAAUCAUACAUUCAAAUGCAUCAACUCCAUGUCUUUGAAAUGUGUUGUUGAGUUAGGCAUACCAGACAUUAUCCACAACCAUGGCCAACCCAUGAGCCUUUCCCAAUUAGUUGAAGCACUCCAUAUUCAUCCCUCCAAAGCUCAAUGUCUCGGCCGUCUUAUGCGUCUCCUCCUUCAUUCUGGCUUCUUUGCACAAACUCAAUCCGGCUUCUUCUCUCUCACACCAUCCUCUCGCCUUCUCCUCAGCCAAAACCACAAGACAAUAUUUGACACCAAAACCUUAUUGCUUCUAUUUCUAAGCCCACUCAUGAUGGCUCCAUGGCAAACCAUGAGCAACUGGCUAUGUGCCAGUACUCAAGAUUAUUCCACUGCUUUUCAAAUGGCAAAUGGGAAAUCUAUAUGGGAUUAUGUUAUACAAGAAGAAGAAAGUUAUGGUUUUGGGAAGCUAUUCCAUCAAACAUUGGUGUGUGAUUCUCAAUUAAUUGGGAAAGUGGUGACAAGUGAAUGUGGGGAGAUGUUUGAGGGGUUAUCGUCGUUGGUUGAUGUUGGUGGAGGUGCUGGCACUAUGGCUAAGGUCAUUUUGGAGGCAUUCCCACACCUCACUUGCAUUGUGCUUGAUCUACCUCAAGUUGUUGCUAAUCAAAAGCCUCAACAACCCAUAAAAAAUCUCAACUUCAUUGAAGGUGACAUGUUUGAAAAAAUUCCACCAGCAAAUGCAGUCCUUUUGAAGUCAAUUCUACAUAGUUGGAAUGAUGAAGAAAGCAUCCAAAUAUUGAAGAAUUGCAAAGAUGCAAUUCCAAGUAGAGCUGAGGGAGGGAGAGUAAUAAUAAUAGAGAUGGUGCUGGAUCAAAAAGAGAGAGACAUGGAAUCAAUUGAAACUCAACUGUGUUUUGAUGUGUUAAUGAUGACAACUUUCAGUGGUAGAGAAAGGAAUGAGAGGGAAUGGAAGACUCUUUUCUUAGCCGCUGGUUUUAGUGACUACAACAUAAUCCCUAUAUUGGGUUUAAGGUCUCUCAUUGAAGUGUACCCUUAACAAUUCAACCCCCUUUCCCAAGUCUCAUAUCCUUUAAUAACAUCCCAUUGCCUUGCAAAUCCAUAUAUAUAUAUAUAAUAAUGUGAAAUAAUUGUAUUCAUAGCCAUGGAAUCAUCCAUAUAUUACAAAGU